UCCUACUACCAUAUCAAGGGCUAGCUUGAUUCGCAAGGCGGUGGCUCUGUAUGUGCCACAAAGCUCAAGCGUGACCAGCAAAACCGACGGCUAGAUGCCGAGAAGGGAGCCCGCGACGGCGAGGAGCACACGUUGCGUGGUGCUUUUCCUGCUCGCCGGCGUGGCUGCUCGAGCAGUUUUUGCCGUCAACGAUGGCCUGCUACCAAAUGGCCACUUUGAGCAAGGACCAGACAAAUCCCAGCUGAACGGCACCAGGGUGAUGGGUCGCGACUCCAUACCGAACUGGGAGAUUUCAGGGUUCGUGGAGUACAUCGAGUCCGGCCAGAAGCAGGACGACAUGAUCCUGCCGGUGCCGGAAGGCGAGCGGGCCGUGCGACUGGGCAACGACGCUACUAUCCGGCAGCAGCUAAGCGUGACCCGGCACACAUACUACUCCAUCACCUUCGGCGCGGCGCGCACCUGCGCCCAGGCUGAGAAGCUCAACGUGUCGGUCACCCCGGAGUUCGGUGUUCUCCCCAUCCAGACGGUGUACACCAGCAGCGGCUGGGACUCUUACUCCUGGGCCUUCAAGGCCAAGCAUAGCACCGUAUGGCUCUCCAUCCACAACCCUGGCCACGAGGACGACCCGGCGUGCGGCCCCCUCAUCGACAGCGUCGCCAUCAAGGCUCUCCGCCCUCCCCAUCAAAUCAAGUACAGCAUGUUGAGGAACGGAGACUUCGAGAACGGCCCAUACAUCUUCCCGAACACGCCGUGGGGUGUGCUGGUGCCGCCGAUCUUGGAGGACGAGCACUCGCCGCUGCCGGGGUGGACGAUCAUGUCGGACACGAAGGUCGUCAAGUACGUGGACGCGGCACACCACGCGGUGCCGAAGGGCGCGGGCGCCGUGGAGCUGGUGGCCGGCAGGGAGUGCGCGCUGGUGCAGGAGGUGAGCACCGAGCCCCAGCGGUCAUACAGGCUGUCGUUCUCCGUCGGGGACGCGGCCAAUGGAUGUGAGGGGUACCUGGCCGUGGACGCGUACGCGGCGCGGGCGACGCUGAAGGUGACGUACGAGUCCCACGGCACGGGCGGGCACAAGCGCGCCGAACUCGUGUUCGAGGCGGUUGCGGAACAGACGCGCGUGGUGUUCCACAGCUCGAACCACCACAUGAAGUCCGACGCUACGCUCUGUGGCCCCAUCAUCGAUGACAUCUCGCUCGUCCCAGUGCACGCUGCCCGCCGGCUGCGUAUGUAGAGAGCACAUCUUGCAACGUUUUAAGCGCGUUGUAUGUGGCCGUUUCUGUGUGCUCCUGGAGUGCCUGGCGUGGCUGUGGUCGUAUCCAUAGUAUCUCUUGUUUGAUAAUGGAAUAUUGCAAGAGCUGAUAUUGUGGUUUGAGAUAUGGUGUUCAAAUUAAGUUCGAAGAUGUGUUCAACAAUGAACACCGAUAUAUGUCCCAACCAGCUUGUUACUUAGAAAUACUCUUCGAUUUGAGACUGAAAUUUGCAUUCGUUUUUGCAUACACAUGGGCACAUGGCGCAUCUGUGUCUAUAGCGCUAGCUCCCAGAAAUAAGAAAAAGGAAGAGUGCCAUACUUCGCAUAUCUCAGGCUGUGCCAAAUGACAGUUUUUGUACUGGGUGUGCAUGCAUGCCCCUGCGGUUGUGCAA